AUGGCAUCUACUAACAAAAUCGUUGUUAUUGGGGGUGGAGUGAUUGGGUUGACCACCGCAUACCUGCUCUCCAAGGAUAAGUCGAACCAGAUCACUCUUGCUGCAAAGCAUAUGCCUGGCGAUUAUGACAUUGAAUACUGUUCUAUGUGGGCUGGUGCCAACUUCCUUCCUACUGGUACUGAGGGUUCUGCGCACGCCCGAUGGGAAACGAACACCUGGCCUGUUCUUGAGGAUCUCGCUCAAAACCACCCAGAGGCCGGCAUACAUUUCCGAAAGUCGGUUGUGAUAAAUCGGAAGAAGGAUGCAGAAUCUUCUACUGGUCUAUGGUUUAAAGAGCUCCUUCGCCCUGACCCGUGGUACAAGGACAUUGUCCCUGACUUCACUUUGACCCCUGACAGCGAACUUCCGGAAGGGGUGGAUAAUCAAGCGGACUUCACCUCCGUCUGCAUGAAUACGCCUGUGUACCUUUCAUGGCUGGUGUCACAGUGUUGCAAAAACGGGGUUGUAUUUAAGCGUGCCACCUUCAAACAUAUUUCCGAAGCCGCGAAAGUGCACUCUUCUGGCCAAAAGCCGGAUCUCAUUGUCAACUGUUCGGGUCUUGGGUCCUUGAAACUAGGUGGAGUUGAAGAUACCAAGAUGUAUCCUGCUCGCGGCCAGGUUGUUGUUGUGCGCAAUGACCCAGGUGCCAUGUACUCCCUAUCUGGCUGUGACGACGGAGAUGAUGAAGCUUGUUAUGUGAUGACGAGGGCCGCCGGAGGUGGGACUAUCCUAGGCGGAUCCUACCAGGUAAACUGCUGGGACAGCCAGCCAGAACCAAGCCUGGCGGUUCGCAUCAUGAGACGAUGCAUUGCAAUGUGCCCUCAACUUGUUGGCAAGGAUGAAAAUGGCAAACAGAGAGGUAUUGAGGGCCUCGAUAUCAUCCGUCAUGGCGUUGGACUACGACCUCUUAGAGAAGGAGGCACCAGAAUUGAAAAAGAUAAUAUUGGUGGAAUUGUUGUGGUCCAUAAUUACGGCCAUGGUGGAUUUGGAUUUCAGACUUCCUUCGGGUGCUGUGCCGAAGUUGCCUCCUUGGUGAAGGAGACUUUGGCGGAAAAGAAGACAAAGGCUCGACUCUAG